AUGAAGUUCUCUGCGAUCCUCGUUGGCGCUGCUGCUGCCGUUGUCGCGGCUCAGGGCUCCGGCUUCCCUCAGGGCUUCCCUGAGUGCGGUAUCACCUGCGUCAACAACAUGUUGAGCCAAGCAUCCGAACUUGGAUGUUCCGACAUCACCCCCUCGUGCCUCUGCACCAAACAGAACUUCAUAUACGGAGUUAGAGACUGCGCUACGGAGUCGUGCCCUGACCAAUCCGUCGCCCAGCAGGUCAUCCAGUACGGUAGUCAAUACUGCGCUAGUGUCGGUGUUGCUGUCUCUGGUAUUCCCUCUGCUACUGGCCAGAACCCUACUGCCUCCACUACUGUGGUUGCGACCGAUUCUCCCACCGUCAACCCUAGUUCUUCUCAGGGAUCAGCUUCGGCCUCGGCUUCGGCCUCGUCGGAUUCGUCAGCCUCGACGGCUUCUGAAGGUUCAACUUCCGGAGGAUCAGCAACUCAAGAGUCCAGCAGUAAGAGCCUCUCCUUCACCAUCGUAACAGGCAGCUACGGUGACGUUUAUAUCUCAAUGCUCACAGACAAUUCAGCUUCCGGCACUGGUGUUCUUGUACCUAUCACUACCGAGACCAUCUCGACUACUAUCAGCGGCAGUGAUGGCCCUAUCACCUCGGCUGUUACCAGCACUGUCUUCUCGACUUCUGAAGCUUCUGCCUCGGGAAGUGUCACCUCUGGUACCGAGUCUGGAUCUGUCACUACGGGUGUGAUCGAGUCGUCUGUUACUACCAACGGCUCAACUCUGGUAACUAGCAUCACUACCACUGGCCCGGCAAGCAGCCAAACCUCGGAGGGAAGCAGCGAAUCUGCCCCCAACGGAAGCGCCGAGUCGGGUUCAUCUACCUCGAAUCCCGCCGCACAGCGAACCGCAGCACCAGCCGGCCUCAUUGCCGCCGCUGGUUUGGCCGCUCUGAUGCUAUAA